GGGGGCCAGGGACCGAUGGUGAGCUGGCAUGGGCUCGAAGACGGGCACCCGCGUGUUUCAUCGUGGCUUUUGCUGUUCGCCGGCGGAGGCGGCAGGCCAAAACCACAGACAGGGAGGGGUACAUCUCUGGCCAGGAGGCAGAGGCAGCAACAGGCGAAGAUGAAGGACAUCGAGCAGUGGGCGCAGCAUCAGGCGCAGGCCCGCGAGGCAGCGGCGCAGCGGCGGCUGGAGACCGAGGCCUCCGCGCCGCGCGGCUCGCCCACGGGCUCGUCGCAGCCAGCGUGCGCGAAGGCGGUCCCGAGUUGCGCCGCGACGCCCACCGAGAGGUCACCGAGCCGCACGGCGGCGGCGCUGAAGAGCUGCUGGCACGCGCGGCCGGCCCCGUCGCCGUUCUACAAGCUCAGGAUGUGGGACGUGCUGCCAUC